CUCGACCCGGCUCGAGUUCAGUCAAAUCCCAGCGUCCCCGCAGCCCGAGCCCCAUGCGUCUCCUGACCGGACAGCGACCAGCACCGUGCGUCUGAGCCCGCCCUGCGAGCUCCGAAACACGGGCGAGAAACCUCCGAGCGGAGCGCGACUCCUGAAACAAGUGCAGCGGCAGAGAAACGCACACACCGGCGGACAUGGAGGAAAAGGCGUUCACGAAGGAGCUGGACCAGUGGAUCGAGCAGCUCAACGAGUGCAAGCAGCUGUCGGAGGGACAAGUGAAGUCCCUCUGUGAAAAGGCAAAAGAGAUCCUGACCAAAGAGUCAAAUGUCCAGGAGGUGAGAUGUCCGGUGACUGUGUGCGGAGACGUGCACGGCCAGUUCCAUGACCUGAUGGAGCUGUUCAAGAUUGGAGGGAAAUCUCCAGACACAAACUAUUUGUUUAUGGGAGACUAUGUUGACAGAGGUUACUACUCUGUAGAAACAGUCUCUUUACUAGUAUCACUUAAGGUACGCUUCCAGGAGCGCAUCACAAUCCUCAGAGGGAACCACGAGAGCAGACAGAUCACACAAGUAUACGGCUUCUAUGACGAGUGCCUAAGGAAAUAUGGUAACGCCAACGUUUGGAAGUACUUCACAGACCUGUUCGAUUACCUCCCUCUCACUGCCUUGGUAGACUCUCAGAUUUUCUGCCUUCAUGGAGGCCUGUCACCGUCCAUAGAUACAUUGGAUCACAUUAGAGCACUGGAUCGUUUACAGGAAGUGCCACAUGAGGGUCCCAUGUGUGACCUGCUCUGGUCAGAUCCCGACGACCGCGGUGGCUGGGGCAUCUCUCCUCGAGGAGCUGGCUACACCUUCGGUCAGGACAUUUCUGAGACCUUCAACCACGCCAACCGCCUCACGCUGGUGUCCCGUGCCCACCAGCUGGUUAUGGAGGGUUACAACUGGUGCCAUGAGAGGAACGUGGUGACAAUAUUUAGUGCUCCCAACUACUGCUACCGCUGUGGCAACCAGGCAGCUAUCAUGGAACUAGACGACACUCUCAAAUACUCAUUCUUGCAGUUCGAUCCUGCGCCUCGCAGAGGGGAGCCUCAUGUCACUCGCCGCACGCCAGAUUACUUCCUGUAAACUCCGACCCUUGUACAGUCAAGUCCAGUAUUGCCAUGACUUAUGACCUUCAACUGAUAACAACAUGAACGAGGAAGGGGAGGGGGGGAACUGUGGGCGGGCUGCACAGCAGUGCACAUCGUAUAUCCACACAAAGACCUAUUUAAGUAUAUAGCGGAAAAUAUUGUCUGUGUAUAUGGAUGGACCAAAAGGUGUGUGCCAUAAUCAUUACAAUAUUCAUUGCUGAAAAAGGAAGACAAAAAAUAUCUCUCCCUCUAUGUAAAAGCAGUAAUGUUUGAUGUCUUAUUCCUUUGCCUGUGUAGCUGACUGAAGGCACAAAGGUCCAAGACAAAAAAAAACAUGCUCUUUCAAAUGCGGCUGUUUGAAAUCCCACAUGCCAUGGCUUCUUAUAUUCAGGAGAUCUGAACGUGAUCUGUUUGCACUUUUGUAAAUUCAAAGAAAUGUAUCAUAUGUCAAAAGAAAAGAUUUCACACUACGGAUGGUUUUUCGUUUUUUUCAUUUUUAUUACAUAUAAAGCCCCCAUCAGGCAAGUUUUACAAAAGGUUUCCUUCGUCCUGGGAAACUUUGAACCAAAAUCCUUCUGAUGCAGUUACUUAGCUUGGUGUAUAUGAUUGACAGACGAUGGAGUGUCCAUCCACAUCAUCACAACUAUAGUCUGUAAUAACCAAACCAUUUGAAUAAUAAAGACGAAGGUGAUUCCUUGAUAUGAA